ACAGCAGUCUAUCUGAACUUUACAAUAGAAAUAUUAGCAAGGAAACUGUGAAACCAGCUCUACAAUGACCACACCUUAUACCACAUGUACACCACACAGUGUUAAACAGUGGCACUUGGAAAGCUUAGGGCUCCUUGCAGAAGACACAAAGAGCCCAAUUCAGAACCAAAAAAUGGAAAUACUGAAUACACGCUUUAGUACUUGGACACCGAUUGAAAACCAUUCUCUUAAUAAUCAGCUCUUUCAGGAAAGAGUCAGGCUUAUAAGCCAUUGGUUUGAUCUGUGGACAGACAAGCAGCGCAAGCAAUUUCUCCACUGGAUACUGACUAAGUGCAAUAAGUCACAGUUGAGAUUUGCUGAGAAAUGGUUUGUAGAAAAUACCCCACUGACCAAAGUGGACUUCACCACCUUGCUACCCCGUUUCAUAUCACUGUAUAUAUUCUCUUUUCUCAACCCAAAGGAUCUCUGUGCAGCAGCUCAAGUCAACUGGCACUGGAAGUUUUUAACUGAACAAGACUGUGUGUGGAUGCCAAAAUGCAUUAAGUUAGGAUGGUUUCUUCCCUAUACACCCGAAAAAAAUGAAUAUAGUGCUUGGAAGCAAUAUUAUAUUGCCUGUGCAAUGAACUUGGAUUGCUUAGCUCCCAGGAAAGCUGUUGAGUGUUAUGAGACGCUCAAUGAUCCUAAAAUGGAAAAUGAAGAUCAAGAAGAAAGAAUACGUGCAAAAUAUCUACGAAAAAUUAUUCGAGAAAAACUGGUUCUACAGAAGAAAGAAUUGCUGAAGGCUCGUCCACCCUGGAUAAGUGGAACACAAAACUCAGGAUUUAACAAAUCUGGAUUUCAGCCAAAUCUGUCCCAUACAGUCCGUGACAAAGCUAAAUUGCCAGAAAGGUUGUUGCUAAUGAAGCUUCAGAAAAGAAUGAUUUCACCAAAAGAUAUGCUUUCAAAACAGAUUUCUGAAGAUGUUCCAUCUGCAUCAAGCUUCAGUCUGGAAGCCCAGAUACCAUUGACCUCUUUAAAAUCUUUUCCAAAAAGGUACCCUAACGGAAUGCAUUCCCUUCAGCCACACCUGGUCCUGAUAUCAUCACAUGUUCCUGCUAAUGAGAUGAUUUUGAGCAGUCUUAAACCUGGAGUGGUACCUGUUUUGUAUGAACAUUGUGGCACCACUUUGGAUUGCCUUCUUUAUUACAUAGAGAAGGCCUUGGAUGGGCAAAAAGCGAAGAGCAUUGGGAUUAUUAGUGAUGGAGAUUCCAGAGAGAUUAACUUGCUUCAAGGUUAUAGAAUCAGUACCAUGAACCUGCUUAAGCCUGAAGUGAGAGCAUUUUGGGAGAAGUUAAGAAACUACAUCUCCUCUCCAGAAGAAGGUAGUCAUAUCAACAUCUUCGUUCCUCUGGCAGCAUCAGAGACAGGAAUGGAGGUCCUUUCCCAGCUGUCUCAUCUAACUGGAGUGCUCUUCAGGGCUCCUACUGGAAUAGCAACUGGAUCGUAUCAACAUAUCCUCAGUGAAUGGCUCGGGAAUCAGAAGGACAGCCCUCCUCCAUCUCUCUACUUCACUGAAGAAAAAUUUCAGAUUUGGCUCAGAUUUACAGAACUGCUGGAAGAUGCACUGAAAGCUGUCAAGAAAAAGCUGAGACCAUAUUUUUGUGAUUUGAAGAAGAAUAUAGCUGGCAAGAUUCUUGGCCAGAUAAUGUUUGAAACUGUGAGCUGGUGUGAACUUCAAGACAACCGAAGAAUAGCCCAGGCAUUUGCUGAUGGAUUAGUUGAAGCCUCAAGGGGAAACCAUGAAAACCCUCUGGAAUUUCUAUCAUACUUCCUGAUGAAGAAAUACAAUACAAAUGACAAGCUCAAAAACAAGAUUUUCUUGUCAGAAAGCAAUCCAGAAGCAAACCUUCCUGCACCAGUUAAGAGUGGUAAACUUCUUGAAGACACAGCAGACAGACGUAAAAUCUUAGCCGGAGAGCUUAUGUUAAGUGAGAAGGAAUACAUGGACAGUCUGGAAAUUAUAAGAGAUGUUUAUGUUAAGCCACUGAAAGCAGCACUAGCUUCAAAUCGAGCCAUCUUAAGCUAUGCCAGUGUUCAGCUAAUCUUCUCUGAUAUCUUGAACAUCUUACAACUGAAUAGGUGUUUUUUUGAUGAGUUAACAGAAAGACUUAAAGAAUGGAGCCCAGCCCAAAAUCUAGGAGAUGUAUUCAUUAAAUUUGGCCAGCAGCUUCAAACAUACACAAACUUCUACAACAACUAUGCAGUAAUUCUGAAAACUAUAGACAAGUGCAGGGAAACUAUUCCAGUAUUCCGUGCCUUCUUGAAGAGACAUGAUAAGACUGUUGUUACUGCCAUGAGGAGCCUACAGGAGCUUCUGUUGUGCCCUUCUAAGAGAGUUGAAGCGUAUGUCACACUCUUGUAUGCUCUGAGACUGCACACUCCUCCAGAACAUACUGACCGUGAAGACUUAUCUGCUGCAAUUAAACAAAUGAAACAAUACAAGGAUUAUUUAGAGCAGCUAAAACUGAAUGUGGACAGAGAGGAUCAAAUAUUAAGCAUGCAAAGGCUCAUCCAAGGAUGUCCGCAAUUACUGAAAGCUAAUAGGUAUCUAAUUAGGACACAAGAUGUAGCCCAACUCAGCAAGUAUUCUGAGAGAGUUGAUUUGCCAUUCAGGAUAUAUCAACACACCUGCAAUCUUAGCCUUUUUCUUUUCAAUGAUAUACUUGUUAUCUCACAACGCAGCAUCUCUUACAAGCCUUUUCAACGGAUCCCAAAGACUACUCACCACUUCUUGUCAGUAGUAACACUUCUCCAGCUUCUUGUUGAAGAUAUUCCGGAUUCUAAAUAUAUAAAGAAUGCAUUUCAUCUGCGAGGACCCAGGUGUCAAUGGAUUUGUUCCACAGAGGAUGAUGACAAGUUCAUAUGGCUUUCUGUGUUGCAAGGGGCAAUCAGAUGUAGUAUUGAAGAGGAUGUGAACUGUUCUUGAGAUUUUUCAUUAGUUGCUCAAUACCUCUGUGGGCACAGAUGUGUGAUCAUUUAACUGGCCUCAUAUAAACAUAAUUGGCUUUAAAAAGGUGACUGCAGACAGUUAAGAAACCCAAACCAACAAAAUCCACCCAGCUGCUAAUAAUGUAGACCUUGGACUUUAACAAGUAAAAACUUGGAUUUGAAGCAAGCUUCCUUUGUAAGUUCUGCAGCAGAAUGAGAAACUGUCUCAAACAAGAUGAUUGCUAUGACAUCCAUAUAUUGCUCCAGUACUGAUUAGGUGGACUCAGCCCCUGUGCUAUAUCUAAUGAAGAGUAUUCCAGUGUGUCAAAAUCUUGACAGUAGGUUAGAGGUGAUGAGGAAGGGCAGUCCCAUCACUUGUGACUUACAUGGCAUCCUGACAUCCAGUAUACUGGCUUCCCCUUGCUAAUUUAAGGGGAACAGAUUGGUCAUAAGGUACUAUAGGGAGUCCUGUAUAUGUUUUUCUAAUUUUCACAGAAGAUUGACUGGAUGAUUUCAGUUACAGAAUCCUAGCCUUUUUCAAGCUGUGUUACAUACUUAACCUGUUUUUCCACUACUGAAGGGUAGUUCUCUCUGUAAUACACAUCCUUUUCAUGCAUUGAGCAAAAACAAAUGUUCUAUGCAAAUAAUAAAGUGCAUUUGCUGUAACAAUAUAUAUUCUCUCCUGCCAUAAAAGAUGUAAGCUAGUACAUAGUUGUACUUAUUGUAACAUAUGCAGUUACCAAACAUGAUUUUUCUCAUACUCUUUGCUUUGCUUGAACUGCUUUCCAGCUUGGAAUAUACUGCAGAUGGAUCUUUUUACUUCUGCCAAGAAUCUGAGAUCAUGUUUGCUCUGUACUAAAAGAGUAGUUUGCAUUCAAACAUUAGCACUUAAUAGAGGGCUGAGACUUUAGCAGGACAUUCUCAGUUUGCCAUUAAAUACUGAAGUGAAUAUGGUGUUCCAGUUGUUCUUAGUAGAACUGUGCAUUCCAUCCAAUGUGGAACUGCAUUUAUAUCCUAAUGAAAGACAACGUAAUUCUCUGUGUUAAGCCAAAUUAAAAGGAUUCAGUCAAA